AUGGUAUCGACAUUAAACAACACUAAUUUUUUAAUGACUUUUUCUAUUACGCCCAGGUGUAAUGCUGAUUACGACAAUACGACCACCAACCUGUCCAACACAGCCUUAGUUCAGUCUUUGUCCUCGUGCGAUGUCACUCUAUACUAUAACGAUACAAAUACAACUCACACAGAGUCGUGUUCCUCCUGGACAUACGAUACUGACCGUUUGACGAGCUCACCAAUAUCCGACUUUGACCUGGUAUGCGAUGACAAGAUAUUGCGAACACAUGCUAGUAUGGCCUUUCUCGGAGGUAACCUGGCAGGAGCACUUAUGCUCGGAGCCAUCGGUGACACAUUCGGUAGGAAACCAGUGGCCUGUUUCAGCAUCAUAUUCUUGGUGUUUUCAUCCAUGGCGUGCAUAUGGUCGUACAACUUUAACAUGUACGUGGUCAUGAGGUUCCUUUCUGGUGCCGGGAGUAACAUAGCGUGUAUUAAAAUCAUAGCUAUAGAGAUGGUUGGCCCUUCUUGGAGAGCGUUGGCGGGUAUUUCAACAGAAAUCGCCUUCUGCGUAGGGGAGGUAAUUCUCUGUGGAUUAGCCUAUUACAUCAGAGAUUGGAGGUAUUUGCAGCUCGCGAUUUCCGCCCCCGGGAUUGUCCUGCUGCUAUAUUGGUUUGUUCUUCCAGAGUCAACGCGAUGGUUGUUGUCACGUGGUAAAAUGAAGGAAGCGAAUGAAACGCUCCACAAAAUAGCUAAAGUUAACAAACGGCAAGUUCCAGAACAUUUCAAUAUUAAUCCGACCAACGAAAAGAAGCGAACCGGACUCAAAGAGAUACGGCCGCUACUCCGGACACGGAAGCACUUCAUUCGAUGGUUGAUCAACAUGGUAUUGUGGUUUGUUCUGGCCACAUCAUAUUAUGGACUCACGUUCAACGUUGGAACACUUGGUGGAAAUGUCUACUUGAAUUUCCUUAUAUUCGCGGUGGUAGAAUCUGCUGGCGCCUUACUAACACUUUACCUCAACAACCGCUUCGGUCGGAAACUCCUGAACGGUGUCGCCUUGUUUUUAACAUUUCUUCUCUCUUUGUUGGCACUCUUGGCAUCUUUGUAUAUAGAGGACAAAACAAUGAAGAGAUGGAUACUGAUUGGAGCAGCGACAGUCGGUCGAAUGUGUGUCUCAGGCGACUUUGCUAACGUCUUCAUAUUUACCAGUGAGAUGUUUCCCACGUCCACCAGGAGCUUCGUGGUGGCCACAGCAAAUGUGUCGGGGAUGAUCGGUGCCACUGUGGCACCAUACAUCGCUGACUUAGGACAGCUAGUCCAUACGAGAUUCGGAUCAGAACUUCCAUAUGUUGUAUUUGGAGCAUUGUCAUUGGUAGCCGGAGUUACAUCCCUUGUUUUACCGGAAACUCUGCACAAAAAGCUUCCAGAAGGCGUGAAUGACAUUAAAAUUAGUGUAACUAAUACAUCCAAGCGUCUCGCAGCCGUCCAACUUAGUGACACGAAUGUCAUAACAGAGAAACACUUAGCGAUGGUGAACCUGGAUCAUAAUGGGCGACAACUCUAA